GGCCCCUUGGAUGAAGAAUUAUGAUUUUACAGAAUCGUUCUAUAUAUCCCAUAAAUAAAUUUGGUGAAGUUUUUUAAAAAAAAUAACCAUCCCCAUAACUGUAAUUUACAGGUAUAAUUUACCUGUACGAUUUACCUCCCUGGCCAAAUCGAGCGUCGGUUAUCUCCGGCAAAUAUUGAUCGGAAAUUUCCGUGUGACGUCACAAGCAGUACCCCGGAUAUUCUUCGCCAUAUAGAAAGCGUGUUUACAUUCACAAAUAACUAUAAAUUAUAACAAAUAUUGGAUAUUUUUCGCGAUGCCAGGUGCACAGUGUUGUGUAGGUGGGUGCACGAAUAAGCGUGGUAAUAACAUUAGUUUGCACCAAUUUCCAAAAGACUCUUCAAUUCGAGAACAAUGGAUAAAGGCUCUACAAGCUACGGGAACUGGCUUCUCGCGGGCUGGAUGGAGUGGACCGAAAUCAAAAUCGGAAAACGCACAGCUUGUUUGUAGCGAACACUUUGGAAUUGAGUGUUUCACACUUACCACGCGGUUGCAUUGGAAGGAAGGUUUGAGUUACAAGGCUAAACUCGAGGUCACUGCCAUUCCAACUUUAUUUGGACAAAACAUAGACAAUUACAAACAGAAAGAGCCUGUGUUGAGAAGUGCAUUCAGAAAGAGGGAAUGUGCCAGAAUACUCAAGGAGUAUGAUAACAAGAUUACCAAGUCUGGUACUGAUGACACUAUAGUUGAAAAGGUAGCUGAACCAAACCCUUCUAUCCCACAGCAUGAAAGAACACUUAGUCCAGCCAAUAUGUCUGGAGAUCCAAUCCCAAAGUUAUCUCCAACUACCACUCAGCAUCCAGUUCCAACAGAAACCUUGUGUGAUAGUUUGGAUCCUGAGAUGACCCCAGCUACACCCCAGCCCUCAGUGAUGAACAAGACUCCCCUAGACAAGUCCGCCUUGGACUGUACAGUUGUUACUGACUCCUGUUCUGUUGAGGCCUGUCCUACCAGGAAGUCUGCAAGCAAGGUUGUGAAGAGUAGCACUUUACGUCAUAAAAGUAUACAGGUGAACCUAAAGACAAAGAAGCCAGGGACCAAUACAAAACGUACACAGACAUUGAGAAAGCACCAUACAGAGAUGGUAUCUUCUUCCUGUCAGUACAAUGAAAGUGAUGUGGGUCAUAUUAGCUCAACACCUGUGAAACAGUUACUUCCAGAGACUAACCUGAACUCCCCUGGCCUGAACACUACCUUUUCAUCACUUACAACCACAUUUAGGGAUAACGAGAGUGAUGCAGACUACAAUCCUGCAGAUGAUACAUUUAGCACAGAGCCUGAUCCAGAUAUUGACCAGAACUUAACAGAGACUGACCCAAAGGCACAACGAAAGUUCCUUGUUUUUGAAGAAAACCUACUGGCCCUGUUCCAAGUUUGCCCAGAAUGUUGUCACUCCUCUUCAUCCGAAAUAAGCCAGGUUCAGGGAAGUUAUGUAGCUAUAAGACAGGAGUGCUCUUGUGGAUAUCAGCGCAGAUGGGAGUCUCAACCCAAAAUGGGGAAAAUACCAGCGGGGAACAUUUUACUGAGUGCGGCUGUUUUGUUUUCUGGAUGUAACCCAACAAAAGUGUUUAGACUGUUUGAAUUCAUGAAUUUCUUAACAAUUACAUUGAAUACAUUUUUUGAACACCAAAGAUCUAUAUUGUGGCCUGCUGUAGACAGAGUAUGGACAUUAUAUAAGACAGCAGUGUUCACGGCAUUAAGAAACCGUGGUGGAAAGGUUGUUGUAGCUGGAGAUGGACGAGCUGAUAGCCCAGGUCAUUCUGCUAAAUACGGUGCUUAUUCUUUGAUAGACAUGCAGUCUGGACGUGUUAUAGAUAUUCAUUUGGUUCAGAGUAAUGAAGUUAAGAGCAGCUACCACAUGGAGCUUGAAGGUUUACAGCGGGCUGUUUCCAACCUGAAGAAAGAAGGUAUCUCCAUAACAGAAAUAAUAACUGACCGCCACCUACAGAUUCAGAAAUGGAUUAGGGAGAAUCUGCCUGAGACUCGUCACAGUUUUGAUGUAUGGCAUAUUGCUAAAGGUAUGAAAUGCAGCUUUUAAAUCACAUAAUAAAGUUUGUAUCUGUAUGCAGAAGUUACUGGUGCUUUAUUGCUAUAAAAUUCAGCCUGAACUUUGAAAUCGAAUAGUGCAUAGAAUAUUGAUUUUCUAUCCAGUUCCAAUGGAACUUGGUAUGCAUCAUUUACAAGAAGCCUUGUUUUGAAUCUAGUCGGAUUUUUGUUUUUUGCAUUUUGCUCUGUUACACUGUAUAUUUUGUUAAAGAAAGCAUUUUCAGGGAGUUUGUGUCACACAAGGCAAAGGAAGAAAAAUGUUGUGUACUGACUUAUUUCAAGCCUACAUUUCAGAAAUAUUAGCCCUUUAAGGUGAUUUUCAUAAUCUAUGAAAUGCUUUCUGUAAAUAUUGUAUUUAAACAAAAAUGACAGUUGUUUUUAUUGUUACAUAUUCAUAUACUUAUAUAUUUUUCUUUGUUACCUAUAGAUUUAGAAUACAGUACUUCUUUAUGUAUUACAGUGUUG